AUGCGUAUGCAGCCGCUAGUUGUCUCCGACCUGACAUAUGGGUCUUCAACUAGGCCUUGUCCGCUUGGGCUUGAUGAUGUGUUAUCACCUGAUGAGGGCUAUGUCAUGUCGCAUAUGGAAGCUCGGUUCGCUAUGCUCGGCUUUUUUGGCGUGUAUGGAUAUGCAUCCUUCGUUAUGCUGGCCGCGGCCAGGCCGCCCGGCGUGACCCGUGUAAUGCUCUCGGCCAACGCAUAA